AAAGUCGAACUUCAACCUCUUCUGGUCAUAAACCGAAACAUAUGUUCUUAGGGACUUGAGAAAACUCGGUGUCUUUUCUUCUCUAUGGCCGAUCUCGAUACCGAGCAAGUCUGUGACGACCCUCUACCCCAGUUCCUCACAUAUGUUUCUCGGUCCGCCCGGUCUCACCAGCAGCUGAGGCUACAAAAGACGAUGCCGACGCGAGUUACUACCUUAAGCUCACUUCAAUUCCGACUUUUGUCUGUUGACCAUGGAAAGUGCGACGGCAGGAAAGGCAGAGCCAUCGCCACUCACGGAGACGGCGAUUGAGUCAUAUCUGGUAACAAGACCCUGAAUUGCGGUCACUCUCGGCCGCGAUGGUGGCGCGCAUGUCCAUUUAGACUCUUGAGAAGCGACGACCAUUGGAUAGGCGACCUGACCUUCGUGAUGUGACCAAUUAUCUCAACGUAGCAUUGGCAGGUGAAAACUGAAGACGACCGCGAGGCCAAGAAUGUCAUCAACGAGUUGUUAACUGUGCGUGUUUCAGCAGCGCCU